AUGCCCGAGUCUGCCGAAUAUCACGGUGGUCUCGUGGCCUUCGAGGGUCCUACCGACCUCGUAUCAACGCAGCUGCGCCUGCUGCCCACAUCAUCGCAAAUCGCCAUCCUGCCAAGCGUCAAGGAAUUCCUCGAGCCCGAGGACCCUGAUCAGCCCUUCGAAUCUCGCAGGUUCGUCAAGAGAGUCCACGAUGCCGUCGUCAAGAGAAGGGAGGCUGCGAUGGUCUUCCUCAAGGAGUCCUCUCCUAAGCGCAAAAGACUGGUCUUUAUGAACGGAGGCACGCCGAGUGCUCAGACAGUCUGUAUCAGGGCCAUCUCUCGGAACGAGACCAACGGCGACAUCUCCAAGGCCGAAGCAAUCUUUAACGAAAUUGUCAAGGGGGGUGUCGCAGGAUUAGAUGCACAUCCUGCCGCCUCUAGGGGCUCUUUUCUAGACACCACGGAGGAUAUCGCCGAAGAUCCAAUUACACGAGCCAUGCGAGCCGCCGAUGCUCUGGAUCGAGAGACCGAAAGCCUCCAACCAUGCAGCGACAUUGACCUCACCGUUGGUCGUCCGAGGAGCAUGAGCCUCCCCAUGUACAGCUACGCUGAUAGGUUCGGUGAUACGGCGCCAUUCUACGUCUUCGGCGAACAGCCCCACGAAGAAAGCACCAGCGAGGAAGACUUGCCGACAGAGACACUUCAGACGCGCAGAUCAGCACCAAGGUUGGCUAUCACGAACUUUGACGAACUCGAGAAGUUCGCGGCUCUUGACUUCAACUUUGACAACAACAACAACAACCAUAAAUCAGUGGUCCCGGCCCCGGCUGCGGCUCCGCCACGUUCCCCGAGCUGCAUCGGUGAGGCAUACGAGCCGGCGGACGCGUUUCCUCCAUCAACCAACCCUCCUGGUUUGCUCGAUGUGACGUCCCCGCGCUCUGAUGUGUUCAGCAUACGCUCAACGGAGCCUAUCAUCAUCGAGCAAGCUUCAAUAGUCCGGAUGAAGUCAACCUCGUCUGCGAAGUCUCUCCCGCGAUCACAUUCCGCGGACCGGCUUCGUCUUCACCGGAGCAACUCGAGGUACCGAGACACUUUGAUGCGACUGAAGUCAAAAGACAGCACUCUCGCCAAGAAGAAAGGCAGCGACCGUCGACGAUCGUCAGUCAUCGAGCUCAUUGAAGAUGCAGAACGGCGCGAGAACAAUUCGAAGCUGCUGGGAGCGCCUCGCACAGUCUACGUCAGGCCAGCUCGGUUGAACAAGACUUUGCCGCCACCGCCACCGAGUCCUAAGGAAGCUGACGAGUCUCUGACUGGGAAAUCAAGCUAUGUGGACAGGGGCACUGAUGCGGAAGAGGUUGUAAUGACGUGCUCAUCGUUCCAGCCAGUGCUGCCGUUUUCAGAAGAUCUUGUGAUUCAUUUCAAAGAUGACAGCCCUGAUCCGAUACUGGAUUAUAUGAUUCGAGCUUUCAAAGAGGGUUUGUACCCGGUCGCCUUGCCUUCGUCCAGCACAUCGGUUACGGACGGAGAUGCUUCAGCCCCGCAAACCCCAACAUGGCAAACAGAAGAGUGUCAAGUUACUCAAUUCACACCUGCGAGAACCGUUCAGCUCGAUGAAUACGAUCCUUUCUCCUACCAAGGUCCGGGAUACGCCUCGAAACAGCUUCACUCUGUUUCUACAACCGUGACGGUCUCGACUUUGCCAACUCCUGCGCAUACGCCUCCGCCGACAGUUUCGGAGAUCGAGGAUAAGUUCCACGACUUCAAUACCGUCCAUUGCCAGACUGCGGUCGCGAUGCAGAACUCACUGCGAUCCGUUCUUAACAUCUAUUUUCCUCCCAAGGCAAGAGGCUUUUCACAAUUCAACUUCCCUCUGCUUCCUGAAAUGGACGGUCUUUGGAAACCGAUUUUCCGAGACGCAGAGCCAGGCGGUAGCCCAAGAAAGAACAACCACCGAAUUGACCAGAUUCUGGCCAUAGGUUCACAAAAGGGGGUCAAGAAAACGUUUGUGUCGUCAAUUACCUGUCAACUCGAGAAACUCGGCACGAAGUCCAGCGGUAUCUCCCGCACCGGAAAGCUAGACUUCAGGUAUCUCAUUGCAAACGCAAUGCAGUCGUUCACUGCGCAGCCUCUGGCAAAUCAGACCCACGACAACCCUUUCACAAACUCUUAUCUCCUGGCAACCCUCAUCAUCCCUCAUCUCGAGACUUACUUUGCGACGCAUUCCGAGGUCCGCUUCCUUCUCCUCGACUACCCUCCGGACCACCUAGCCACUAUUCUUGCGUUGCAGAAGCUCGUCGGCGUUGACCUGAUGAAAGUCGCGCAAGUCAUCGACGCUGAUGCCAAGGAGCCACUCCCCUUCACGCAUGUGCGUGGCGGCUCCGUCGGACGCAUCUCCCACCAAGGUGACUUGGCUUCCAGUUCAGGGUCUCUUCAAUCGAAGGAGUCGACAACGGCAGUCUCGUCGUCGUCGCGGGACGGAAAGACUGUUCCGAAGGCCAACUUUCUCUUGACGUCAAAGGCGACGGAAGUUGAGAUUGCCACCUUCAUGUCCACCAUCUGGAAGACUCUCAUCCACGUCUCCAAGUUUUAUCUCCCAGAGGACGACAGCCAUAGAUCCGACAAUUUCUCUCCCUUCUCCCACUCCAACUACCAUCCCGUCAGUCCUCCGAUGUCUCCGCCAUCCUCUAGCACACGCAAAACUGUCGGCAAGAAACCGGGCUCUAUCUUGACGUCAGGUAGACCAUCGUCCAUCGCGGACACGGUCAAGACCCGGCGAGGCAAACCGCGCAGGACCGAGAAAAAAGCCUUGGGCGACGGCGCAUCCGUCUUCACCGUCGACGUGGACUACGAAAGCGAUGUAGACCUCGAGGAAAGACGUUUGAUGCCCAUGUUUCUGAAGAAAACCCCACAAGCUCGUAACAAGGGAAACAGCCGCAAGGCACUCAAGUUUCUCGGUCUGGCUUAA